UUUACCGGCACCCCCAGAGUUUAGCAGCUCAAUUGCUACUCACUAAAUAUUUAAGGGGGUAAAACGCAAUUACCCAAAAUCCAACACAAAACAGAUCUGUCAUCAUUUGCGCUCUCCUCCCACCGUGCUAGAGCACCCUCAACCACCACCCGACGACGCAACUACCACCAUCUCCGGCAGUCCCCGAACAGCCACCUUCACCUUCCUCCUGUUGCCGCUCAAAAACCCAUUUACCAGUUAGGAUGGCCGGCCGAGCUCCAGUUCGCACUAUGAACUCAGCCUUCAUCGCUAUGAUUGCUGAUGAGGACACUAUCACUGGAUUUUUACUUGCUGGAGUUGGCAAUGUAGACUUGAGGAGGAAGACAAAUUACCUCAUUGUGGACUCAAAAACAACAGUGAAACAGAUUGAAGAGGCAUUCAAAGACUUCACGACAAGAGAGGAUGUAGCUGUGGUGUUGAUAAGCCAAUAUAUUGCAAACAUGAUAAGGUUUUUGGUUGAUAGCUACAAUAAACCAAUUCCAGCAAUUCUGGAGAUCCCCUCCAAGGACUAUCCAUAUGAUCCUGCCCAUGACUCUGUUCUUUCACGUGUGAGAUACCUCUUCUCUGCAGAAUCGGUGGCAUCUGAUAGGCGUUAAGCAUGUGUACUAGCCUAUGUUUUUCCUUUUUUUUUUUUUCUCUUGUCAAGGAUUAUUACGCCGUGAAAAUAUUUUGUGUCGCUUCCCUUUAAAUCUUUUUACAUAUUUGUAUUCUUUUCUGGAAUUAUAAUAAUAUGUUUGGUGUGGUUAAUUCUAGCUGCAA